GUUCCUUCCUGCAGCGGCUUGCUGCCACCGCUCCACAUAGAAGCGCAGUAUUGGCAGCAGAGGCAGCAGCGUCCACGUGCGCGUGCGACUCUGUCUAUAUAGAGCGAGUGACUGAGUGCCCUUUAUCUUAGAAGGUGUGUGGCUUUUGCUGGUGUUGUUGUCAAGAAUCUCGAAUGAUUGCUCGCUUGGAGGAUUGUUCAGCGUGGGGGUACUGGAGACGCAACGGAGAAGAGUGAUUCUGUUGCGGUUUCAUAGAUAUAUAUAUAUUUUACGUUUGUUUUUUUCUGUUUGGUUUGGUCCUUAUUGUUGGUUUCGUUUGCUGGAAGAGAUCGGCCAUGGAUCACGCCGUGUUCAGCUACAUGAACCAGUCGCACAGCGGUGUCCCGCCACCGCCAGGGCUUCAUCACUUCCCACCCGUGGCCCUGCACGGCCGCGGAGCCCUAGAGCGAGUGCCCUUCCCCGACAUCGCCGCCUCGUGCCUCGUGUCGUCGGGGUUUGUAGCCAGCGAGGGCGCAGGGCUCACGGCCCGGACGAACGGACACAAUCACCACCACCACAGCAACCACCACCAUCACCACCAACUCCACCACCACCAUCAUCAUCAGAGCAGCAGCAGCAACAGCAGCAGCGUCAGCAGCCAGCACCAUCACCACCAGCAGCAGCACCAACAAGAAACCCACCACCAACAACACCAUCACAGCCAUCAUCCGCAACAACAACAGCAGCAGCAGCAGCAAUUGUCCGUGUGGCAUCAUCAUCAGCAGCAGCAACAUCAUCAGCAGCAACAUCAGCAGCAGCAGCAUCAGCAUCGUCAAGUGUCGUCGCACUUCGCCGCUGCGUCCACUCUGCACGCGGUCGCCCCUGCCGCUGAGCAGCCGGUCUCCUCUCCGACGAGCGCAGCCUCAGCGGGGGAGACCUCCCCGCGCCUGGCUGCCUGCAGCCUGGAGCCACAGCAACAGCAGCAACAGCAGCAGCAACAGCAGCCGCAGCAGCAACAGCAACAGCAGCCGAACGCGUCUGAGUGCGGGAAGAAGACUGCCGGCAGGAGGAAGCCCGUGGUGGAAUCUUCUUUCCGCGACGCCAGCCCCGAAGAGUCGGAGCCGUGCCCUCGCAGCGAAGCGUCGGGGUCCCGACCCCGCAAGGAGCGCACGGCCUUCACCAAGGAGCAGAUCCGCGAGCUGGAGGCCGAGUUCGCGCAUCACAACUACCUGACGAGGCUGCGCCGAUACGAGAUCGCGGUCAACCUCGACCUCACCGAGCGGCAGGUGAAGGUUUGGUUCCAGAACCGGCGCAUGAAAUGGAAGCGCGUGAAGGGCGGGCAGCAGGGAGCCUCGGUGCGCGACACGGAGUUGGCGCACGUGCGGAAAGAGCAGCUGCUGCCCGCGGAGCUGCCCGGGCCCCGGGGCAGCCGCGACAGGGGGGCAGGGCGCUCCGCCGAGGGCAGCAGCCCCCCCGAGAGCGGCGACGACGACUCCGACUGAGAACGCGGCGCCUCCUUUCUUCUGACUCCCGACGAGAGCAGCGAGUCCGCACGCGUGUCUCGGUUCUCCGGCAUCCGUGAAGAACAAGAAGAGAUGGAGAGCGGGAGUCAUCGGGAGAUUCACUGCGACACGACUGAAACACACGAGGAAGAAACAAAGACGCUGAGACCGAGAGAGACACCCAGCAUCAAUGGGAGAUAUGUUGAGACACACACACACACACAAGACAAAGGGGGAGUUAUAGAGAACGGGUCGGAGAUGGCGGUGCACGCCUCAUGAACCAGCGCCGUGGAGUUGAAGGUCGGUGGAUCAAAUAGAGAUGUGCAAAAAUUCCGCACGUGCUGCUGAAUUAGGGAGGUGGUCAGGAAAUGGCAGUGCAGUAUUAAAGCGAGUGGAUUGAUGAACCCAUCUGUGCGGACCUUUGCACUCGUGAUGGGGGGGGGGGGAGGUUAUUUCCCGGGAUAGUCGAGCGUUCGUUUUCUUGCGAAGAAACACCACCCGUUGAGAAGGAGCUCGCCCAAACCAUCCCACGCAGUCCCGCGCCUCCUCCUUCUCCUCCAAAAGACUCGCGAGACACAGGGAGGCUUUCCCCGAGAUAACCCAAUGGUAUCGUUGCCGUUACGGACUGAGAGAGAGAGAGAGACAGACUUGUAAACAACUUUUAUUGCCGCCAGCUGCAACAGCACUGGAGGCGAUUCCGAUAUGAAAUACGCAAAGUCACCAGCAAACAAAUGAAAACAAACGCUACAAAUCCACGCGCUGUGGCGCUAAAAGCACCGCGCACAACACGAAAGAAAAGUCACGUGGUGGUGGUGGUGGUGGUGUUCAUCGCGCACGCCACGGUGACGCGUGAGCGCUGCAGAAGGUGAACACGAGACAGAGAGAUGGGAACACGAAGCUAAAUUGCAUAGAGCGAAGUGAAACUCAGCGUCGUGAUGAUCGCGUUCACACCGUAUACAUUUAUAAAUAUGUUGAUAACAAAAUCACGCUCGGCAAAUUUCAUGAAUGUGCUUGGAGGACAAUGUUGAGUGACCGCAGUGCAGGGCGAGUGUGGUGUGUGUGCGUAUGUGUGUGUGUGUGAUUGUGUGCGUGUGUGUGUAUGUGGAGCGGCGGCGUAGCGGUUAGCACACUGCGCUCUGAACCAGUCUAACCGAGCUCGAUUCACGCUCACGGCCGACACCAGUGACGAAUAUAUGAACAAGGCCUGGGCUUCCUCGAGGUCGACUCAGCCUUAAACAAGUACGCGGUGCGGUGUGUAAACAUCGCCACUGGGGAGACAAAGGCCGCCAGGCGUGGUGCUGGCCACCCACCCCCCGCAUGUGCCGAGCCGCUCGCCUUCAUAGGUGCGACUCGCAAACAGCACUUGCCCCAAAGAAUAUGUUAAGACGAUGCUGGGUGGUCUUUGCCUUUGCAUCCACUCUCUUGCACUGCCUGUCGACGGGCAGUACCUGAAGGAGUGGAGAUAACAGCUAAGGCCCACUGAGCUUUCGAGCUCUUUUUUUCGAAGCGACCUGGCCACUAAUCAUAGAUCAACAGCGUGGCUUAUCAUGGUGGCAUUUUUACAGGAGCCAAAUACUGUUAUCUCAACGCAUGUUUCUAAAUAUGGAGAAUAAAACCGGAGGAGCUGAAGAAAUAUCUACGUUACCACGGGGAGAACACGCACACUCCAAAUAUACAGCAGGCGUCAGAUAUCCGCAUCGAACCCACGACCUCCUGUCGACCAGGCGAGAUAGUUAACAUCUCGCCACCGUAGAGCCCAGGUCAGACAGUUAAACCAAGGAGGCCUCGGGGCGACAGGGAGCUGUGAGCAGCACCUCUGAGAAGUCCGACCCCCCAACACCCCCACCCCUUGCAAAGACAAAAGCACGAGAGUCCGAGCUUGUGGUCGGAGGACUGUGCUGCUGCUGCUGUUGUUGUUGCUGCUGCUGUUGUUGUUGCUGCUGCUGCUGCUCAGCCAUCAUCGGAAGCGCCCCCGACGACGGUUGGGGGGGGGGGGUGUGAAGAGCGCGCGCCCCAUGUGACGUGGAGAGAGACAGAGAGAGAGCGCUCUUGAUAUCAAGCGAACUUUUUGGUGAUGCUGCUUUUGCCAAUGGUGCACGGGCACAGAUAACAACAAUAGCAGCAACAGCAACAACAACAAAACACGCAACAUAGUGUUGUCCAAAAGAACACUGCCUUUUGUAAGGAAUAAUAUGCAAUAGGCGACGUUUUGGGCAAUAUCCCUUCAUAGCACGUAAAUAUUCACGUGCUAUGAAGGGCACGUAAAUAGCACGUAACUAUUUAAAUAUUUUACGUGCUAUUUAAAGGGCCUUUGCUGGAAACGUCGCCCUAUUAUAAACAUUUUCCCUUUUAAUGCCGCAGAGUGUCAUUGGCGAGUGUGCUGCGUUUCUUUUAAAUUUCACUCAGCUCCGGUUACUUCACGUGGGACUUGUUAACCAAUCAUCAGGCGCGUGCAGCGUCUUACUAGCAUCCCCCCACCCCCACUAUAUUUGAUAACAGAAUCAUUGGUAACCAUUAACAGGAGCGCAGUGGUGGGUCACGAGGACUGGGGUCUGGUUCAAUCCCGAUAUUGAUGUUGGUCGGCACAUAAUCGGCGAGCGUGAAUUUGCUGCACGCGAGUUAAUCAUUAUUUUAAACAAUCUAAUUACUCAAGAGUUUGUAUCGCUUCGCUAAAUAUACACACGUGUCAUACACAAUACGCGACGCUCGCCGUGGUGUCGUGUUUAGCACAGUGCAAAGGGGUUGCCGUUUUGUGGCAGUAGGUUCUUCCGUCGACCGCAGCCCGCUCUUUCCUCCCGUGCGCUCUGUCCACCCAGCGGGUAUACAUGGGUGGGGUAAAGUGUGUGUACAUCCACCUCUUCCGAGACGUCUGGCCAGCGUGGAGGAAUUGGCCACAAGCAGCCUCCGAGAGGGGAAUCGCCGCCGGCGGUGACGGCGGGCGAGACAUUGCAGGGCUGCGCCUUUGUCUGGCACCCAUACGCACAGAGGACAUCCGACACACUACGGCGUUGCGCGCGUGCCACCGUUAAAGUGUUUACUCAGGAUGAUCACAAUGUUUACAGUGUAAAGGGCUUGACGUGUGUGCGCGCGCGCGUGUGUGUGUUUCCUCUCUUGUUCUUAAUAGCGUCUCAAUGGUGAGCGUGCUUAAUUGUUUCAUGACAUUGCGUUGCUUUAAUAUAUAUUAAAGUACGGACCAGUGUUACGUGUGUAGGGAGGGGAUUAGCCCGUCUGAGUUCUGGCGUGCGGACUGACACGCGUCCGUGGAACCACGCUGCUGCUGCUGCUGCUGAUGCCGCCGCUGCUGCUGUGUAGAAUAAACACGAGUUGAUUAUCUUA